AUGAGCCCCAGUGGCAGCGGCGGUAACGCGGCAAGUUACGCCGGUCACCCGGGCCACCUGAGCCAGGCCGGCCUGGAGGCCACCCACACCCACGUGUACAGGGAGGCGCUCCCCGGAAGGGCCGCCCUCGGCACGGAGGCGGACCUGAGCAGAGCGGAUGUGAGUAGGGCGGAUGCGAUCCGGGCCGACUUCAACAGGGCCGACUUCAACAGGGCCGACUUCAACAGGGCCGACGUCAACAGGGCCGACUUCAACAGAGCCGAUGUGAGCCGCGCCAACUUCAACAGAGCUGACGGGGGCCGCCCCCCCGAUGUGUGCCGGCCGCCCGCGGAGGCGCCCCACAAAAAGGAGAAGGAGGAGCCGUUCAAGAGCAUCACCCACUUCGCCAAGUACCUCUUUUUCAUCGCCAAAAAAAUCGCCCACGAAGAUGUGCCCAGGUCCGGAGGAACCACCACCCACCAAAACGCAAAUGAGGAAUUGAAGAAGGCACUCGUCAAGCACCUCAUCUACAAGCUCAACACGAUCUUAUCCUCUCUCAUCAACUUUAACAUCCUCCAGUACAGUGAGAGUGUUAAUGUAAAGCAGGAGGUAGAGUACCUCUGUCUGAAGAACAGCAACGUCACGCUCAACAGAAUAAGGUUAAUGCUCAGCAAGUUAGAAAGCAGUGGGACAAACUACAGGUACGUCCUGUAUAUCCUGUUGAAGCUACAUAGCUUCGAUGAGCAGACUGCUGCUCCCCCCCGGGGGGUAGACCAAUCCGCGGCUGCCAAUCACGCACGUAGUGGGAACCCCCCUCAGGGGACCUUAGAACCUGAGAGACGCGCAACUGGCUCGGCCGCCGAACCAGACAGUCAGAGGUAUGCCCCCAGCAGGGGGACUCCACACGUGGGCGUGAGCCAAAGGAAGGAGGACCCCCACAAGGGGGAUCCAGGGUCCCAGUUGGUGGGCCCCAAGUUGGUGGACCCCAGCGGGGGGCGGCCCCACCAGGGUGCGCAGACGGGGCACUCACAGGCCACGCAGUCUAGGGAGACACACUCACAGACAGCACACGAUGGGAACACCCACUCGCAGAUAACACACGAGGGGAAGAGGUACUUCCAGCCCCCCCCAGAGGGGCGGCCCUUCAAUCAGCGGGCGCAAGAUGGGGGCGAGUUCAGGCUCUCCGUCCAGGGACAUCCCCCCCGUAGCGACCUCCGCAGUGACCCCCGUAGUGAUUGCCGCGUUGACCCCCUGUGCGAGAGAAACUUCAUCAACAAGAGCCUCUACGCAACGAUCAUCCUGAACAGCAAAUUUAACAACCUAGACGUGGAGGAGAGCCUGCUGAUGAAGGACCUGAUCUACCCCCUGCAAGGAAUGAGUGGGCAGUACAUUCGGUAUGACCCUGCGGACCGCUGCUUCUACGUGAGCAACAGGAAGGUCAGCAUCGGCAUGCACCACCUGGUUAACAGCAUCAGCAGUGUGGGGUUACUCUUCAGAAGGAUAAAGAAGAUCGUUGGGAUUUCCUCUUCAGAGGGGGGAGAUACCGCAGGGGAGGCAGACGAUUGGGGGGAUCUCUCCGAUGGGGGGGCUCUCUCCGAUGAAGGGUAUCUCUCCAAUGGGGGGUACCUCUCCGAUGGGGGAGAGAAAGAGGAGCACCCCGGGGAGCGACGCCACGCGAGACAGUCCCACAGGAGAGGCAGUCUAGUCAUCGACGCGCUCCACCAGAUAGUACGCGAGUACAUAAAUGAAUAUUACAAGUUACUCUCCCACCUCGAGAGUGACAUCAACGAACACAUCCACAAGAAUACGCUUUACAUUGGGGUUAAGAGGCUCCACCUGCGUCUGCAGGAAUCGUAUAAAGUCAUGCGGGUCUUGAUGAACGUGGUGGAUGAGUCCCGCAGAAGCACCGGUUGCAAGUUCCUCUCCUUCUUAUACGCAAAAUGCCAAACGUAUGACUACGACGAGCAAAAGGUCUACAGGGCCAUCCUGCAGAGGUGCCUAAAGCCGGUGAACGCCAUCCUGAAGCAGUGGGUGGACAAGGGGACGCUCAAGGAUAAGUACAACGAGACGUUCAUCUGCUCCAAUAAGAAUGUCCCUUCGGAGAAGAUUUGGUGCUACAAGUUCUGCCUGAACAGCAGCAACAUUCCCCUGUUUCUGAGCGUCAGCACGGCGAAGCGGAUCCUCCUGACGGGCAAGAGCGUCCACCUGCUGAACAGCUUUGGGGGGGGAGCGGUAGGUGGGGCGGCGGAAAGAGGAGGAGCGGCAGGGGGAGAAGCAACUAGCCAGCUUUCCCACAAUGUACCGCUUAACGCGCCGCUCAAUGCACCCCUAAACGCGCCGCUUACCGAAGUGGACGUGUUCUCCGUGGGGGACGUGGGCACCUACGUGGAAAGCAUCGAGGGGUACGUUAAGAAGCUGUGCGUGCGGAAGAACAAGCGGCUGAUCUCCAUGCUGGUGAACAGGUACGGGCUGUAUGAGCACUUCAAGGCCUUCCGCCACUUCCUCCUCCUGGUGGACGGAGAUCUCUUCGAGACAAUUUUCGAUAAUAUGAAAGCGGACCUAUACAUGGAUGCAGAGGAGCUCAAGAGACAUUACCUAAAUAGCAAGCUGGACCUUUGCAUCAAGUCCUCUUCUGUGUUUACCUCCAACCAGAGCAUCAUUAACAAGUUAGUUCUGGACCGGUUCCAAGUGAAGAGAGGAGACAUCGGGUGGGAUGUCCUGGUAUUCGAUUUUAUGGUGGAGAGACCACUAGACAUCAUCUUCACGCAAAGGGUGAAGACCAUUUAUAAGUCGAUCAACGUUUUGCUAAUAAAGUUAAAGAAAAUACAUUACGAAUUGGCAAAUAUAUGGUACCUCUUCACUCACUUAUUUAAAAUUAUGAAUGUCGUUUGCUAUAACCAUGUCUUCAUCUACUGCAAUAUCAUGAGGAAUGAGAUGUUUCACUUCAUACAGAAUUUACUCUCCUAUUUUUACUACGAUGUGAUUGAUAUGAACUGGAGGGAGUUUAAGGGAGUUUUGUUUAAUUGCCACAAUUUGGACCGACUGAUUCAUGAGCACUACCAGUAUAUAACUCAGAUUCAGUUUGACCUCUUCCUGGGGAGCUCCCUCGACGGGGGGGGGGCUCCCACCGUCCCCCCUUCGUCCGCAUCGGCAUCUGCGCCCGUAUCUGCGCCCGCGUCCGCAUCUGUGUCCUCCUCCACCCACUCAGAUGGAGGGGAGUCCACCUCGGAUGGCUAUCUGGACGGCCACUUGGACAUCCAUUUGAACAACUCGCUGGGGUCCCCGCCCCCCGGAGGCGCAGCCGACUUUGUCUAUGCCCCCUCACAUGUGGGGGAGCCAACUGGAAAAUCCGCUUCCUUUCCCCACCCGCAGAGCCAAAACGGGGAGGGGCCUCACUACACCCCAGAUGCACUUCCCCACCAGACGGGUUCUACCAACAGUAGAACCACCCAUAAUGUAGACAGCGAAACGAAUCUGUGCAUGUACCGCAUACUAGACAUUAUUACCCGCUUUAUUAACCUCACCAGUGCACUCAUCUCCUCCGUCUGCGAAGGGUACGCAGAAAUUAAGCAGCUUACAGAUGCGAAGAAGGAAGAGAGAAACGCUAUCGACAGCGAUGUUGAUUACGUUAACAGUUUUAUAAAUAACAAGAUCAUUGGGGAGAAGACCAUUCGGGACCUUAAGAUCCUCCUCAAGUACUACCGCAAUUAUCUGUACAAAUUCAUUUGCCUCCUCCUCAGCGACAGCAAGUCCCCCUGCCCUCGCCCCCGCAACUCCAAAAGGGACAAACUUAACUCCCACCGCCUCCUCGCCGCCCGCCUCGACUUCAACCUCUAUUACGUCAACAUCUCCAAGCUCAUGGACGCCGCCCCCCCCCAGCUGAACAUCUCCGGCCAGAUUAGGCUCAUCAACCGGGGGGGCGGCUAA